AUGGCAGAGACGUUCGCGUUCAAUGCUGACAUCCAGCAGUUGAUGUCCCUCAUCAUCAACACCUUCUACUCCAACAAGGAGAUCUUCCUCCGAGAGCUCAUCUCGAACGCAUCGGAUGCCCUGGACAAGAUCCGGUACGAGUCCAUCACGGACCCCGACAAAAUCGAGGCUCAGCCGAACUUUUUCAUCAAGAUCAUUCCCGACAAGACGAACUCCACCUUGACCAUCGAGGAUUCCGGAAUCGGCAUGACCAAGAACGAGUUGAUUAAUAAUUUAGGCACGAUUGCCAAGUCUGGCACGAAGGCUUUCAUGGAGGCAAUGGCCGCAGGUGGUGACAUCUCCAUGAUCGGCCAGUUUGGCGUCGGCUUCUACAGUGCCUAUCUUGUUUCGGAUAAG